UCGAAGAUUAUCCAGUUUAAUAUUCGAAACAAUUUAAGAACCGAAGAAAAUAAAAUGGCUAAGAUAACUUCUCAUGGACAGACAGCAAUUCAAUCUUUAGUGCACACCUUGAAUUACACCGUUGAGAAUUUUACGCAUCAAUGUCGGUUUCCACACGAUGAGCACUUCUUCGUUCAAGGCGGAUUCCAACUCAAUGGAAUAGAAGGAUUUAUUAGAUUCUAUCCAAGAGGGUAUUCGAAUGACGAUGAGAAUUGGCUAACCCUUUACAUUGGUCUAGUAUCUUCAUCCGAUGUUGAAAUAUACAUGAACUUCGAGGUUAAUAUUAUCACGUUGGUGGAGAAUCAUGAAGUAGGCGUACUCUUCCAACAGUUCCAACUGUUGUUCACCCCGGAGUUUAUGUGGAAUGCAGUGAAAGUUGUACCUACCAAAGCUAUUUUGAAGAGGAUGCUAUUGCCUGACGGAGGGCUCAAAGUAAGAUUUGUCCUCAGGACGCACAUACAUGGAAUUGACAGGAGACUAUCAAGCAAAUUCGAGUCAAUCUGGCAUAAAAUUAAGGAGGUGCUUCAGCAGGAACCAGGCAAACAAAGAUUUGAUGUUGCCUUCGUAACUGACAAGCGUAUUUUCUUUGCUCACAAACGCAUCUUGAUUUAUAAUUUCGCCUUCAGGGCUAUAUUAAGCGAGUGGAGUGACUAUAAUGGAUCCAUCAUACAACUGCCAUGCGUCAGGACGGAAGUUUUUGAAGAAAUGCUGGUCGAUUGCUAUGUGAAGUCCAACCGAUUGUAGGACUUAGCAUAGGUGAAUAACUCCAACUCUAUUUAUCUCUUUAUUUUUUUUUACUGUGGAUUCCCUCAAACUAUCCUCCUUUACCUGGGCUUGGAAUCAGCAUGCUAUGUAAAAAAUAUGGCGGAGUUUCGGUGGAAAUCCUACUAUUAUUAGCAAAUUUAUAUUAAGUCAAAGUUACAGCUUUCGGUAACAAUUAAUAGCUUCUAUGACAUGAAAGGCCGAAAUCACUUUGGAGUGAAUGCACGGAACCAUCGCGCUUCCAAAAAUUGGUCUUUUCCGAAUUAUAUCAUUUUAACUCUCUUUUGGUUGUUUUUAAACGUCCU